AUGCAUACAGUUGAAUCGUACGUCAAUCUGAUAGAAUUUAGUUUCAAGAUGAUCAAAGUAACGACAGAUUUAAUUUCAGAAUCUCAGUUUGCCCCGGAAUCCCAAAAACUGAAUUUCUUCGAAUCAUGGAACUUCGAAAUCUUGGGAGCUCACAAUCUCAGAAUUUCAGAUUCUAACAGUCCUUCGGGAUGUCAAAAUUUCAAAACCUCCAAAUAG